AUGAUACCUCGUGGCCUAUACAAUGCAAGGUCGAGCAAGUUGGGCGGUAAUUUACAAUCGUUGAUGUUACCUGAUGGCUGCCAUAAUGUAAGGGAACUCAAAUGGGAAAAGUCAGUCAACUUUUUGAGGUUUCCGCCAUACAAGGAGUACAAGGAGCUUAGCAGCGAGGGAAUCUUCGCCGAAAUUGAGCCAGAGAAUCCAAAACUUGUCACCUUGGGGCCGACCAUGGUGAGGACUUCAUCCUCUUCUAUUGCCCCUUCACCGAUAUACGAAAAAUGUUCCAAAUCUUUGUUCCAGAGCACUCUGACUAGCGAGGAGAAACCAAAAGGCUCUCGUUCACAUUUUAAAGACAACACUUUGAGAGCCUCUAGCUUUGGAUGGUUUUCAUUCAUUCUUAUCGUGCAGUCUCUUGCAAACAACUUUAUCAAAUUAGUCGGUAAUGUGCUGAAAGUCACCAGGUUGAGAAUUACAGUCUUCAAGCUGGGGUGA